AAACGAAAAGGCCCGGCGUAAUUUUCUUAAAACAUUGGACCUGACUGGCCGGUGGUGGCCCAAUUCCCUCCCAGGCCUCGAGGGCAUAAUAGUAGGGAAUUAGGGUUUUCGGUGCAAAUACCGAACAACUAUAUUGUCAAGCAGUCACCCGUGCUUCACAGCCACAGUCAUGGCGGAACAGACGGAGAAAGCGUUUCUCAAGCAGCCAAAGGUGUUUCUCUGCUCGAAGAAGUCAGGGAAGGGUAAAGCGCCGGGGAAAGGCGGCAACCGCUACUGGAAGAGCAUUGGGUUGGGAUUCAAAACCCCACGCGAGGCGAUUGAAGGUACUUACAUUGAUAAGAAAUGCCCAUUUACUGGCAGUGUAUCCAUCAGAGGUCGUAUCCUUGCUGGCACCUGUCACAGUGCUAAGAUGAUGAGGACUAUCAUUGUUAGGAGGAACUACCUCCAUUGGGUGAAAAAGUACCAAAGGUAUGAAAAGAGACACUCAAACAUUCCAGCUCACAUAUCCCCUUGCUUCCGUGUGAAAGAGGGCGACCAUGUCAUCAUCGGCCAUGAUACCAGCCGGUUCUUCUGGUCGAGGAAAGAAGGCCUUUACAGGGAUGUGAAUCUUGGAACUGUAGCCACCGGUAUAAUCUAG